AUGCCGAAACUAGAUCUAUGUAUCACACUUGAUGAAGUUUGGGAAAAAUUAUUACAUGGUAUUGAACAUCUCCUCCAAUUUCAAACCAUUCGACAUUCUAAAUGGAUGUUACUCUAUACUUAUAUUUUUGAUUAUUGCACACAUGACGUUAGCCAUAAUGCUGAGUUAUAUGAAAGAUUGAAAGAUUAUUUAAGAAAUUAUCUCAACAAUCUUUGUCAAUCUAACGCUAAUUUACUAGAUCAAGAAAUUCUUGAAUUUUAUAUGAAUCAAUGGAAAAAAUAUUGUAUUUCAUUCAUCUCCUAUAUCAAUCGACAUGCGCCUACAUCGGACAAUAGUAGUCAGAUAUUAGAUGUUUAUCGAGAAUAUUUUGAAAAUCAAUUUUUUCAAGAUACCCAAGAAUUUUAUCGAUUAGAAGCAACAACAUAUCUUCAACAUCACUCAAUUAUGGAUUAUCUUUUAAAGAUUCCUGAAUAUUUCGAUGAAGAAGUUCAUCGAGUGACAGCUUACUUACAUCCUUCUUCUAUUAAAAAUCUAGAGAAAAAACUUGACGAAGUUCUUAUUCAUGAUCAAUUGACAGCUAUUUAUGAGGAAGCAAAAAAACUGAUACAUGAUGAAAGAAUUCAAGGUACUAUGAUUGUUUUAUUUUUUGAAAGAAAGAUAAUAAAUUCAAGACUUUUGUUAGAGCUCAAUCUCUUAUAUCAAACGGUCAAUCGAAUUGAAAAUGGCAAAAAUGAGUUGAUAAAUAUGAUGGAAAAUCAUAUUUAUCAAAUUGGUAUUGAAACCAUCGGAUGUAUUAAUCCUAUAUCCACUCAUGAUCUUAGAAUUUAUAUUCAAACAAUAUAUGACUUCCAUCAAAAGUACUAUACAUUUAUUGAAAAAGCUUUCGAUAGUAAUCAAGCCUUUUUCGAUGUUUUCAAUCGAGCUUGUCGAAAGUUCAUUAAUAAUAAUGCAGUCAUUCAAACAAUUGGAACUACGAUUAACAUGGCUCAACAUUUAGCUCGAAAUUGUGAUCAACUUCUUCGAAAAAAAAAGGAAGAGAUUGAUCUUGAAAUAAUCUUUAAUCAAAUAAAAAUUUUAUUGUAUUAUAUGCAAGACAAAGAUGUCUUUGUACAAUUUUACUCCAAGCUAUUUGCAAAACGACUUAUUAAUCAAAUAAGUAUCUCAAAUGAUUAUGAACAAUUGAUGAUUUCCAAUAUUGAAGUUGCAUGUGGUUUUGAAUUUGCAUAUAAAAUGAAGCAAAUGUAUCAAGAUAUUGAAACAAGUAAAACUAUACUUGAUCAAUAUCAUCGGUAUUGUGAAACUGAACAAUUUAUUAGCAAAAUUAAUUUUAGCGUAAUGAUACUUAAGGCUAAUGUAUGGUUAUUCUCAACACCAUUGAAUAUUAUUCUUCCUAAUAAACUUCAAUGUAUUGUCAAUAAUUUUAAUAAAUUUUAUAAACACAUACAUAAUGGACGAAAGCUUACAUGGAUUUAUCAACAUUCCAAAGGUGAAUUACAAACAUUGUUUACAGAUCAAGUGUAUACAUUACAGGUAUAA